GGCAUAUUUUAUUUUGUAUUUCCUCUGAUAGUCAUGUGAAAACAAAUUGUGACAUUUGGAACAGGCGUGUAAAGAGCAAAAUGUGUCUGCCUGCAGUAAGCCAAAGGUCUGAGCCGUUAGUGCUAUUUUUAGCCUGGCUGCUAUGUUGGACCUAUGUGUUGGACCCAUAGCUUCAUGUUGAACGAAGGGGGUAAAACAGAUGGGACGGCUGAGUGCUGCAAAAACAUCAUGGCUGUUGACUUAUUUAAUUUAAUUUCAAACCUUUAUUUAACCAGAUUGGUCCCAUUAGCCGCGUUCACACAGCGUACUUUGCAGUACAGUGCCCCGGCACUUAUUACCCCAGGGCACUAGUACCGCGAUUGGUACUAAAAAGUACUUUUCCCUGAAGGAAGAUUACGCAACUGAACCACAGACGUCACUUCUUCUUCUUCUGCUUUGGGUUUACUGGCAGGCUACAAACAACUUCACAGCCUAUACUUCCGACCAAAGUCCCCGGGCGGAAGUCCCCGGAAGCCUUCCGAGUAAAUUAGUGCAACGAUGAGGCUGACUCUGUUGUGUCUGUCCCUUUUUUUGGUUCAUAUUCAUUUUUCAUUGGCCAAGAAAACCGUAAAUCUUGGUAAGAUAAAUCUUUUUAAGAAGACCCCCAAAACAAAUAACCAGCCGAAACAACCUAAUCAACCAAGCAGACCAGGAGGUUACCCUAAUCAAGGAGGGUACCCUAAUCAAGGAGGCGGCUACCCUAAUCAAGGAGGCUACCCUAAUCAAGGUGGUUACCCCCAACAACCAGGGCGACCAGGGGGUUACCCCAAUCAAGGUGGUUACCCUAAUCAAGGUGGUUACCCUAAUCAAGGAGGCUACCCUAAUCAAGGAGGCUACCCUAAUCAAGGUGGUUACCCCCAGCGACCAGGGGGUUACCCUAAUCAAGGAGGUUUUGCCCAGCAGCCAGGAUACCCAGCUGGGAGCUAUCCAGCUGGAGGUUACCCAGCACACGGUGGUGGUUAUGGCGGUUACGGUGGUCCUCCAGGUGGAUACAUGAACUAUAACCCAAACAACAAAGUCCUAAGCCCACAAUAUGGUGGCAGUUUUGGAUAUGGGGGCUAUGGUGGUGGGGGCGGUUCUCCCUUUUCCCACUCAGUUCAGUCAAUGGGCAUGUAUCCCUCUGAUAGGUCCAGAGGGUUUGGACGCAGUGCAGUGGUGGCAGCAGCUGGAGGGGCUAUGGUGGGGAUGGCUCUGGGCUACGGGCUAGGGAGGUUCCCCCGUCCCCCCUUCAACUUCCACAACUCCCAGGAGGAGCAGUACUACAACAACUACAUGUACAGGAAAUAUGGUUCCAAGUCCACUGAUACCAACGACUACAGCAGAGACUACAAAUACAUCCAACCUCCUGAAACCUAUGAUAGCUACAUGGACUCCUGCAUGAAGAAAACAGACAUUCUGUUGGAGGAGAAUCCAAAAACAAACAACAACCCAGCUGCUACCACCUCAACCCCCGCCCCUGGAACAGAAAGUAACACAACGGAGACGAACAACACGGCAGCGGAUAACUCCUCAACCCCUGCACCUUCUACUCCACGCCCUCUGAACCAGCCUGAAGCUGAUCCUGUGCCCUCUGCAUCACAGGGUCCCAACAGUGAUGAUGACGAGGAUACAGUCAGCAUUGUUGAGAUCGGAUACCCCGCCCUGAUUGAGCAGAUGCAGGCCAGGAAAUGCGUGGAGCUGUACUUGAUCUUCUCUGAAAAGUACAUAAAGGAACAGAUGAGUGGUGCUCAGGGACUAGUGGGCUCGCGAGGGCUUUUAGCUGCGCUCACUAGCGCCACACUAAUGAUUCUGAAUACCAACAUGCUAAUGCUGCUGCACUGAGGAGUUAGUUAGCACUGACGAGAAUGUUAAGUGGAGUUCAGGAAACGAUAAGGGAGAAAGAGACCUGCUUCCUUUUAUAGGACUUCCUCUUCUUUUGUGGAUUUCUACUUUUACCUUUCCUUAAUAUUCCGGCAUUAGAUCCUCAUGCAUGUGCUUGACCACACAGCUGGCUUGGGAUGGCCUGAUCUCAGAGAUUGGGAUCUGGGCUGAGUUGGGCUUUCUUUGACUGUAUUGAGCUAGUGAGCAUGAUCCAACCCUCCUUCUGUCUGCAGCUGUCACACAGCUUCUAACGUGCAGCUUUCAGAUAACAGAGGAUUUGUUUUUUAAUUCUUUGUUGUUUCAUAAAAAAUAAAAAAUAAAAAACACUUAGUCAUAGCUUCGGAUGCAGGGACUGAUUUUCUUAAUGCUUUGCAAAGCAAUUCAAUUCUCAGUUGUUUAAAACUAAAUCUGUGUGUACCUGGAGUGUGCACUGUGCAGCUUUUUAGAAGCUCAAUAUUGAAUGCACUUCACUGAGGCAUCCGUUGCACACAGCAUUGCAUCUUUGAAAUAUGGUUCAAGGAAAGGAGAGGAAAAGGUUAGACAUGAAAGCCAGAGAAAACUAAUUGCACUUGAGUGAGUGGCCAUUAACGCUACUCCAAGCUUUUGAUGGUAGAGAAGUCCGGCCCAUUAAUGUCCAUUUAUAUUCUACUGAACAUGAGACAACAUAAGAGGCAGAGAGCAGAGAACGCUCUCUGCCUAUAAAGGUUACUCAUCCUUCCAUGUUUGUGAUGUGAUUUUCAGAAACCUAGUCCUUGUAGAUGUUUUUCUUUUGUCUCGGAGGAAAAAGCACAAGAGAGGGUUAGGGUUAGUAGGUUAGUUUGUACCUGAUGCUGCAUUGGAAAUAUGGACAUGCGCUUUUUCAGUGUGAUAUUAUUAUAUGAAUUGAAGGGAUAUGGAUGUUGGAGGACUGUGUGAUUCAAGGAAAGUAUCAAUUUAUACUGGACUUUAACUUAUUUAUUAUUCUACCUUUACACAUUUCUGUGCUUUAGAGAGGUUUUACACUGAGCAUGACUGAGGGUUUGUAAUGUAUCCUAUCUACAUUACUACUGUAGCUUAAAACAUGAAUGGACUUUUAUCAUAUAAGUUCCAGUGAAAUACAGAAACUCACCUCAAACACUGAUAUAUCUGUCUGUAUUUGUUUUCUUCGGAUGAACCGACUCUAAGCACAGACAAUAGUAUGCAUGAUGUUCUCUUACACUUCUUAAAUUACUUACUUUGGAAUCAAUGCAAAACUGCUUUUCUUUCAUAUUUAUGCAUGUUGUCUUUACCCUGUUCCAUGUGUCGGGUCCGGAGAUUGAACUGUGUGUUGUAUACACUUCUCCUUCCUCUCUCUGAUCCAAUGUGUUGCCUUCUUCUUGUGCCCUGGGUGGGAUGUGAUUGCAGAAGUGCUCUUAAAGUGUAACCCCUCUGAUGUAACCCUAAGCUGAAUUGAUCUGCAAAUGUUAUUUAAUGUCCUCUCCAUCAGAUUAGUUUAUUGUUGCUAAACCUGCACAUAUGGAUAUGUACAAGUGCAUUAGACUUAUACAAUACUUUUUGUUUUAAAAAUAUAUAAAAGCGAAUUGCAUUAAAAAAAAAAUUAAAGGUACUCUGGAGUUUUAAAUGCAUCAGACGGUUUGAAUUAAAAAUGUCCAUACCAUAUAAACAAAUAAGCUGUUUGAGCUAAAUAAAAACAUUGCCACCUUCUUGUUGGUAUACAAUCCUCUGCUAAUUCAGCCUUCACUCUUGAUUUCUCCAUUUAUUACUUUGUCCAUUGGUGGAAGAAACAUUUAAAUGAAAUAUGUAUUGUAGUACCACCACACUGUAAAUACUCCACCUUAAGUGAAAGUGCUGAAUUUAAAACCUUAGGAAAGUAAAGAUGUGUCUUUUAUUAGCAAAAUGUACCUGAAGUGUCAAAAGUAAAAUAACUUAUCAAUUACAAAAUUAAUUAUUAAAGUCUUAGUUAAAUGUAAUGUUAAGUUAGAGCUGCUCAUAUGAAUCUAUAAGUUGUUCAUUAUUACAUUUCUUUACUGUUUUUUACUGCUUCUUAAAUGUGAAUAGUUUCUAGUUUGUUCUUUCCUCUAUGACAGUGAACUGAAUUUCUUUGAAUUCUGGAUAAAACAAGAGUAAGGACAAACCAUGUAAGCUAGCGUAAAAUGGAGAUGCUCAAGUAAGGAACAAGCCCUUAAAGUGUUUUAUUUGAGUGAAUGUAUUUAGAUACAUCCCAGCGCCAAACCAGGUAACUCACAUUUCAGAGACAAUCACUGAGCUAAUAGCCAAAGCUUGUUUGGACUGUAGAACCAUAUCAUGAAAAACCCCAAGAUGUACCUUUUUAAUGUGUUUUUAUAUGUACCCUAUAAUUGUGUCUGGCUUUGAAUGUAGUUGAAAAUGCACAUGUAAUGUAUUUUAAGCAAAGUAUGCCUUUUAAUGUGAGGGAUCACAUUUAAUGUGCUGCUGGAAUUUUACUGAAUACUGAGGGUCGACUCACAUCUCUUGCUUGUCAAAUAAACCCUAUAAACCUA